AGCCACGUGUUCCGGAAGCAUAAUAAAGUAAUCAGUUUAGGAUGGACACGUGCUGCCGGGCCGCGGUCCAAACAAAGGCCAAACAAACGGAAUGGGCGGGAUUGAUGAAGCCACGCCCCCUGAGAGCUACUCUAAGAUCUGCACGUUCCACACGAGCAGUAGGUGUGUGAAAGAACGUCGAGAAGUUGAGAGAGAAACCUGCAGCUGAGCCUGGCUCAGUCUUUUUGCUGGGGCUGGAACGAGAGUCUUCAGACUUGUCAGCUGCAGCAGAAUAAAUCUCAGCACCAUGCCGUUUCUCCAGCAUCUCACAGACUCACAGCUGGAACAGCUGGCUCUGGAGCACAUUGUACCAGCUCUGCUGGAGCGCGGCUUCUUCUACGUGGACCAUUUCCUUGGUGAAGCAGUUGGUCGUAAGGUCUUGGGCCAAGUGCAACAGAUUCGUCGUUCUGGCAUGUUGAGUAACGGGCAGCUCGCUGGUCGAGGCUCAGGGGUGUGUAAAAGUCAUAUUAGGGGAGAUAAAAUAGCAUGGCGCAGCGGCAGCGAGAGAGGAUGUGAAGCUGUAGGCUUCUUACUGAAACAGACUGACAAACUGAUCUCUCUGUGUACUGGGAGACUGGGCAAAAACACAGUCCGGGAGCGCUCCAAGGCAAUGGUAGCAUGCUAUCCAGGCAAUGGUGCAGGUUAUGUGAAACAUGUAGAUAACCCUAACGCAGAUGGCCGCUGCGUCACCUGCAUCUAUUACCUGAAUAAAAACUGGAGUGCCAAGGAGCACGGAGGAGUUCUGCGCAUUUUUCCUGAAGGAAAAUCAUAUGUUGCUGAUAUCGAACCUCUGUUUGAUCGACUCCUGCUUUUCUGGUCAGAUCGUAGGAACCCUCAUGAAGUACAGCCAUCAUUUGCUACCAGGUAUGCAAUCACUGUGUGGUACUUUGAUUCAGAGGAAAGGGCUGAAGCGAAAAGAAGAUUCAGGGACUCAACAGCCUCUUCACAAAGCAGCACCACAUCUUAGCAGAAGAGCUUGAGACAAACCUUUCUCCAAUGAGAAGAUUUGUGUGUGUGUGUGUGUGUGUGUGUGUGUGUGUGUGUGUGUGUGUGUGUGUGUGUGUGUUCGUUUUGACCCUUUUGCACUUAAGGUACCUGUGCUUCCUCCUCAGCCAUAUCUUUUGCAUUGCAAUUUUUUUGAAACUCAGACUCUAUGUAACUCUGAUUUGUGUUGAUGUAUCCAGGAACAUUAUGCUUCUGUUAAAAAAAUAAUACUUAAUCAGCAAUGAAUUCAUAUGUUUAUAGAACAAGAAUGACACAAUAAUUCACUACUUUCCAGGAGAUAUGGAUGAAGCGAAAGCUAUUUUCAUUAUUCUUUUGAUAAAUGUUUGUCUGUAUUUGAAAUAUGCCCAGUUUCUAGUGCUUCUCUAUUUUGCUACGUGAGAGGAGCUAUUUUGAUAUUGUUGUCCUUUAAAAUUGUGAUGUUAACCGUAAAGCACAUGGUUAAAAUCAUAAUGAAAUUGUCACCUGAUGAUUUGUAUGGCCUGUGUGGCCCUAACCACUUAUACAGUUGAAAUUAUUUUUCAGAACAAAUAUUAAUAGUUUUCCAGUGAAAUGUUUCUAACACUAUAGCAUUCUUAACAUCUUUAGAGUGUGUGUGUGUGUGUAUGGGUGUUUUCUCUUUAUUAGAAUGUAAUUGUUAUUUUGGUUUGCUACAUUACAUUAUAACAUGAGUUGCACAUCAUAUAGGCAAAAGAAUAAUAUUUUUCUGGUAGUUUAAAGCAGUAUUUAACUGCGUGAAUAUUCAGAAGGUAAACACUUCAGAGGCUCCCAUAAUGCUUUAAAUUAAAUCUACUUAAAUGGAAUGAAAUAAUAUUAAUUGUAAUGGCAAACCUCUUUUUACAAAACAAAAAUAAGUGAUGUCCUUGAUACUAGCAAGUCACACUGGUUUAUAGGACAGCACUAGUAGUCAUUAACUGGAAGUUUCAAAAGUCUGUCAUUAUUUAUAAGCAGCUGUGCUGUAUUGAACUAAACAGACGUCUGAGUAUAAUGUCUUCAGUGAAUGCUUGAAUGAAUGUGUCAUAAUGUAAAAUGGAUUGAAAAUGGUAUUUCACUUUAACACUUUGCGAAGGCUGGCUACAUGUAGAUUUCCUUUCUCUGUGGCUCAUCUGUAAAUAAAUAAGUGAAUGAA